AUGCGCAGCUCCAAUGUGUCUGGGAACCGGCUUCCGGAGGUCAAAAAGCGCAGACGCCCUGCCAACCUUGCCUCGGCCGCCGCAGCUCUCUUCCGCGGGCGGUGUAUAUGUGCAGCGCUGCUCUUGGGCCUCCUCCCUGCCGCGGAUACCGCAAAGGUGAUAGACCUCCGCGGCCUCCGUCGCACCCACGCUCGCAACGGCGAUGGGCCUCCCUCCAACAGCAGCAAUCUCGCGCCCGAAGAUCCCGCCGUGUGCGGAGACCACGCGCUCUGCGCUGACAAGCUCCGCGAGGCGCGCGUCGUCUUCCUCUCGUGCAUCGGCUACCGCGACGGCGGACCUCAGCUCCGCUGCCUCGAGACUGCUCGGGCGAUGCGCGCGCGGGGAGUCCCAGCCCUCUGCGUCACAAACUGUUUCUUCAAGACUCUGCGUCUCAUUGUGGAGCACGCGCGCCGUCCGCUGCAAGCGGUGGUUAUCGUCAAAGCCUCCAUGGGACGUGCGGACAUCGAGUACGUGCGGAGAGAGCUGCGCCCAAUAACUUGCAACAUGUUACACGACACCAUGGACCUCAACCCCAAGAUCCAUUGGACACACAAAAUGCCCUGCUAUAACGGGAGCUACGCUCAAAUGCUCACCGGCGUGAUCGCCAACAACGAGGCGGCGUGGCAACACCUUCGGGACAUCUGCCCGGCGCUCAGCAACGCCACACAGGCGGGUCUGCCCGUGCAUACUAUCGAGCACUUCCACUCGGUCACACGCCGCGUGUCGGAUGGCGACAGCUGGCCCUCAAAGCCACGAGCGCUGCUUGUAAUGGAGCACCACGCAGAGGAUUCGUCGAACUGGGGCUUCUGCACCACCAUUCGCCAGGCGCUGCCACCGGAGGUCGACUUCAACUGCGCUCCCCUGUGGAGCGGCAAGGCGGCCAACAGCCGCCUGCACUUCUUCACCCGGGAGCUCAACUUGACGCGCAAUGAGGUGCACGAGCGAAUGAGCCGGCCUAUGGGAACAGGCGAGCUUUUCACGGCGGUAUUUGCGCGAUACCACCUGCUGCUGCAGUGGCACGCCUCAAACAGCGCGCAGAGGCUGCUCAACGCGCUAGCGACGGGCGUGCCCGUCGUCGCCAAGACCAACGCCGCCUUCCGCGCAGUUUUGCCACGGACGUCCAAGUCAAAGGUGCUGUUGGUGAGCAACCAUAGCGAGCUCUUCUCCGUCGUCGCCGCUCUGGCCGCCUCCAAUGCGUACCGCAGGCAGGUCUCGGACGCAGGCGUGGCGCUCGCAAACCUAUACUCCGUCAACCGGACUGUCUCGCGCUACCUCAGCGCCUUCCGUGUAGGGACGAGAGCUUGCCAGAGGACCCGCCAAUUUGGAUCAGCGCCUUCCGUUCGGAGAUGA